UUUAAGAACUACGCGACCGGUGUGUACAUCUGUUUGUCUUUCUGUGAUACGAGUCACGCAAUUUAACCUAUUUAAUCAUCAAGUUUGAUUUCUCGGCGGGAUACGGUCGGAACAGCAACAGAUCUGAAAUACAUGAUGGCUACACCUCCGAAUACUGGAUUGUCCUUCGGUACGCCAAAACCCACGACAGGACUCACCGGUUUGACUUUCGGUACUCCGACUACUAUGACCACUGGAACCAGCUUUGGCCUCGGCGGUGGUAUAACCGCGACAACAACAUCCAUAUCUACUGCGUCGAGUCUACCCAGUUUCACGAAUCUUGCGAGCAGUGGGACACCUUUGCCCGCACCGACGGGACUUUCCUUCGAUGCCACGAAAGUGCCUACAACUCCAGCCACAGGAUUUCCCAUUGCGACAACUACAACGGGAGGUUUCAAUUUUGGUGUCGGAUCAGCAAAAUCUAUGACAGGCUCCACUGGCUUGACUUUCGGUACUCCGACACUAAAUACUAUGACUACUGGAACUAGCUUUGGUCUUGGAAGUACAGUUGCAACUACAACAUCAACAACGAGUGCACCGAACUUUAACCUUCCUAGCAGUACAGCACCGACAUCUGCAGCACCGGGGCUUUCAUUCGAUGCCUCGAAAACAGGCCCUACCACAACUUCAAACACUGGAUUUUCUCUCGCAGCAACUACUGCAGCAGGAUUUAAUUUCGGAACAUCAACGACUACUUCCACUGGAUUUCCUCUGAGCAAAACGACUUCUGCUGCUGUUUCAACGAGUUUAGCAGCACCUGCUACUCAUACUUCCUUGGGUACUACUACUACUGUUAGUUCUGCAACUGGUAUUCAACCAGGUGCCAUUAAUUUCUGUCAGCUUGAAGAAUCUAUCAACAAGUGGACUUUAGAGUUAGAGGAGCAAGAAAAAGUAUUUGUGAAUCAAGCUACACAAGUUAACGCCUGGGAUAAAUUGUUGAUAACAAAUGGGGAGAAAAUAGUAACCCUGAAUCAAGAAGUUGAAAGAGUAAAAAUCGAACAGCAACAAUUGGAGCACGAGCUGGAUUAUGUCGUUGGACAACAGAAAGAGCUGCAAGAAUGUUUAGUACCAUUGGAAAAGGAGUUAGCGUCUCUUUCUGUCUCGGAUUCCGAUCGAGAAUAUACAUAUCGUUUGUCGGAAAAUCUCGAUACCCAAUUGAAACGUAUGUCAGAAGAUCUAAAGGAAAUAAUAGAACAUUUAAAUGAAGCAAAUCGCGCUCAGGACUCCAGUGAUCCAAUCGUUCAAAUUGGAAAAAUUUUAAACGCGCAUAUGAACAGUUUACAAUGGUUGGAUCAACAGACGGCUUUGUUAAAUCAGAAAAUACAACAAAUUGAUCAGAUGCAUCAAAGUUUCAGGCAAGAGAGCGAACAGAAUUUACAUUUAGCUUAUAAUUAG